CAGUAAAACCCCAACUGUAUAAAUGGAUAAUUGUAUGUAAAAAUAAUGUGAUAUCGUGUAACAAUUGUAAGUCUGCUAAGAAAUAAAUAAUAAUAAUUACAGCGGUGCAAAGAGGGCACUUCACAGGGAGCACCAUGCUGGUUUCACACAGUCCACAGCAACUCCACGCUGCAGCUUCUCCUGUUGCUGUGGCGACCGAGCGGCGCUCUGAUUGGUCACCCUGGUUCUUACUGAAACCCCUUUUAGUUGUUUUUUAGUGUCCAUCCAAUCGCCGCCUCUCCCUCUUCCCACGCCCCACCCCCCCUUUGUCUAUCCACGCGGUGAUUGGCCAGUCUGUCAAUACAAAAUCAAAAAUCGCGCGCUGCCGCCUGGGCGUUCCGAGACCGUUGGGCGUGUCCUGCCUUUGCCAGCGCCGCGCUGUGAUUGGCCGGGAGGUGUUUUUUUUUUUUAUGAAUGGAUACAGUUUGUGCAGCCGAGAUUGUGACGUCACCUGGCUGGUGACUGCAUUUAGUUGUAGUAGUGAGAGAGAGAGAGAGAGAGAAAAAAGAGGAGGAAAAGCAGCGUGGUCUGAGGAACCGGCUUAACCGGCGUGUGGAGCGAAACCGCUGCGGGCUGGGAAUCUCGUUGAACCGGGUUCCCUUCUCUCCCUCCCGCGCACCCGGCUUAGGGGCACAUGUUUUAAACUCGUGAGGAAGAGGAGGGCGCAGCUGGUCCACGAUUUAAACAUCCAGUCUGUGUGAAAGCAAGGGAAUACACCAGCACACGGGCUGGGAGGGACGGGAAAAUACACCAGCACACGGGCUGGGAGGGACGGGAAAAUACACCAGCACACGGGCUGGGAGGGACGGGAAAAUACACCAGCACACGGGCUGGGAGGCACGGGAAAAUACACCAGCACACGGGCUGGGAGGCACGGGAAAAUACACCAGCACACGGGCUGGGAGGCACGGGUCGAUGCGAGGCACGCUAAGGAUGCGCUUCUGAAAGCUGCGCACCCUCGCCGGUUUCUGCGGGGCGAGCGGGAGGAAGUCGGAAGAUCAUUGUUUUGUUAGUUUUUUUUUUUUUUUUUUUUUAAUAUUUGUUGUUAUUCCUCCCUUGCCCCCAUCGUUUGAAAUACCAAACAACUCAACAGCAACACAACAUCCCAGUAACACAGAAACAGCGCAAGAACCGGACAAGCCAACCCUUAGCGUUUCAAACAUUUCUCAUUUGAUUGCUGUUUGUGUGGAAAUGCUGCUGUCCUCUAACCCGACGACGCCGAACCCGGGCACGUUUCUCAGGAACAUUACAACCCCAGCGAGCGCUUCACAAUCCGGAUUGCCAGCAACAGUCAAGGAGCCCCUUGAGAAGGUGUACCAGGUGGGGCCGGUGGUUGGCAGAGGGGGGUUCGGGACGGUCUACGCAGGGGUCCGCAUCAGCGACGGGCUGCCGGUGGCGAUCAAGUACGUGACCAGGGAUCGGCUUGGAGAGCUGUGCACCGUGGAGGGCCGGCUCGUGCCUCUGGAGAUCGUGCUCCUGCGGAAGGUGUCGGUGGGGGUGGGUUCGCGGGGGGUGGUCCGGAUGCUGGAGUGGCGCGAGUGUCCCGACGGGUUCCUGAUGGUUCUGGAGCGGCCCGAGUCCUGCCAGGACCUGUUCGACUUCAUCUCGGAGCGCGGGACACUGCCUGAGGACACGGCCCGCACCUUCUUCAGCCAGCUGAGCCGCGCGGUGCAGCACUGCCACGCCCGCGGCGUCCUGCACAGAGACAUCAAGGACGAGAACGUGCUGGUGGACCUGCAGAGCGGCUCCCUGCAGCUACUGGACUUCGGGUCGGGAGCCCUGCUCCGAGACGGGCUCUACCACGACUUCGAUGGCACUCGUGUGUACAGCCCCCCCGAGUGGAUCCGUUCGGGUCAGUACCACGGCAAGCCGGCUGCAGUGUGGUCCCUGGGGAUCCUGCUGUACGACAUGGUGUGUGGGGACAUCCCCUUCGAGCACGACGACGAGAUCACGCUGGGGCAGAUCCACUACCGCCAGUGCCAGCCCUCCGCAGCGUGCUGUCGCCUGAUCGAGUGGUGCCUGUCGCAGGACCCCAAAGACAGACCCACACUGGAGCAAAUCCUCGCACACGAGUGGCUCCACCCUGAAACCUCAGGCAGCCAAUCGGACAGCAAGCUGGGGUCGGGGGCGUAGACAGGA